AUGAUCGGCACUGUUAGAGCAGCGUUGACGUCGAUGGGAGGCGGCGACAUCAGUUUCUCCCCAUACGACACGGCGUGGGUCGCGCUUUUGAAAAAGCUGGACGGUGCAGAAGGCCCGCAGUUCCCCUCUUGCAUCGACUGGAUCGCUAAGAACCAGCUCCCAGAUGGCUCAUGGGGCGAUGAUGCCUUCUUCCUAGUCCAAGACCGGCUCAUCAACACCUUGUCUUGCAUCAUGGCUCUGAAAACUUGGAAUGUUCAUAGCGACAAGUGCAACAAAGGCUUGUCGUUUAUCCAUGAAAAUAUAAAGAGACUACCUGAGGACAAUGAGAAUUGGAUGCUGGUCGGUUUUGAGACAAUCUUCCCAACGCUGCUAGAGAUGGCCAAGGAUAUAGGCCUUGACAUGCCUUGUGAUGAGCCCGCGUUGCAAGACAUAUAUGCGAAAAGAAAUCUAAAACUUGCUAGGAUUCCUAAAGAUGUACUGCACUCUGUACCAACAGCUUUGCUUUUUAGCUUAGAGGGAAUGCCAGGUUUAGACUGGGACAGGUUGUUCAAACUCCAGUCUCCAGGUGGCUCCUUCAUGUCGUCAGCAGCUUCGACAGCUUAUGCUCUUAUGCAAACAGGCAACAAGAAGUGCCUCGAGUACCUUACCGACAUCGUCCACAAGUUCAACGGGGGAGCACCCUUUGCCUACCCCGUGGAGCUGUUCGAGCGCUUAUGGGUUGUUGACCGGUUGGAGCGGUUGGGCUUAUCCUCCUACUUCAGGAGCGAAAUUGACAGUUGUUUAGACUACGCUUACUGGCACUGGAGUGAUGAAGGCAUAGGUUUUACGUGGGACGACAUGGUGAGGGACGUCGAUGACACAGCCAUGGGUUUCCGUCUCCUCCGGCAGCACGGCUACCACGUCUCUACUGGGGCCUUAAAGCGUUUCGAGACGAAGGAUGGCGAGUUCGUGGUGUACCCGGGGCAGUCCAACCAGUCGGUGAGCGCGAUGUACAACCUGUACCGCGCUGCCGACCAGGCCGCCUUCUCCGGCGACGAUGCUGUUGUCCAGCGGGCCAAGGCCUACAGCUACGCGUUCCUUCAGGAGAGGCGAGCCUCCGGCAACCUCAACGACAAGUGGAUCAUCUCCUCGGGCUUGCCCAGUGAGGUCGCUUACGCCCUCGACUUCCCCUGGAAGGCAAGUCUGCCGCGCGUGGAGACGAGGAUGUAUCUGGAGCAGUACGGUGGCACUGACAAUGUGUGGAUCGGGAAGGUCCUUUACAGGAUGCAUCUCUUCAACAACGAGCUGUUCCUCAAGUUGGCGAAGGCCGACUUCAGCAACUUCCAGAGGCAAUGCCGACUUGAGUGGCAGGGCCUCAAAAGGUGGUGUGAGAAAAACAAUCUUGAAAUGUAUGGGGUGACUCCACAGAGCGCAAUGAGGGCCUACUUCCUGGCAGCAGCCAACAUCUUCGAACCAGACCGAGCAGCGGAGCGGCUAGGAUGGGCGCGCACGGCGGUGAUUGCCCAGGCCAUCCUGAGCAGCAACGCUUGUACUACUGACAGCAUGCUGGAAGGGCUCAUUAGUGAACUCAGUAGCGACGACCACAAUUUUGCAAGGCGUGGAGGGAAGUAUUCGACGGAGAAUGGCCUCCUCACUGCACUUCAUGAGCUGAUCCAUCUCUUUGCACCUGGAAAAGAUGCUUCUGACAAUCUCCGUGAAGCUUGGAAAACAUGGCUGAUGGAAUUGACCACGAACGAUGGCCAUGAAUCAUGUGAAGGAAAAACAGCACUGUUGUUAGUUCGCACAGUGGAGAUCUGCUCAGGGAGACACUGUUCAGCCAACCAGAAUCUGAAGCUUUCCGAGUAUUCCCAGCUUGAGAAGCUUACCUCUUCCAUCUGCAGCAAACUUGGCUCUAGGAUUUUUUCUCAGAAUGGAACAACCACGGAGAACACUGAGAAUUUAGAACAGCAAGUAGAUCAGGAGAUGCAAGAGCUGGCCCAGUGUGUUUUUCAGAGCUGCGACACUAUAAGCAAGUUGACCAAGCAGACAUUUCUCCAUGUGACUAGGAGCUACUGCUACGUUGCUCAUUCUUCACCUGAAACAAUCGUCAGUCACAUAUCCAAGGUCAUAUUUGAGGAUGUCGUUUAGGAGGACAAGACCCUUGGGCUCCCGUUGCAUUAACUCAUGUAGUAAAUAACUAAUCAACACGCCAUAAAUAUGAUUGUACUAUUAAUAAAUCUUUAAAUCUGGAAAUUGAAGGUCAUUUCCACCCUCUCGCACAUAAUAAGCAGCCAUGCAUGCGGAGCCGAGGAAGGUGCCGUUAGGCUAUUCACAAUGGGAGUUUCAUAGGGUGUUUUAUGGCAUUAAUUAGCCUGCCACAUCAGCAAUUUGGAUGACAUGGCAUAUCAUUUAAGAAGUAAGAGUUUUAUGGAGUUUCAUGAGGAUGAAACUAUGUUAACCCAUUUCCAAGAACUUGGAAACCGUGUGAAACCUCCAUUGAGAGUGUUUUGUUUCAUCUUCACAUAAUUGAGUAAAUCCUAUUGGUUAUUUAUUUGCAGCAUUUAAGUAGUAUGUUGGCAUAUGAAAUAGUGAGAUGAAACUCUCUAUUGAGAGAGGGUGUUUCAUUCUUCUACAAAGUUGACGUGGCAUUCUUGGAAACAUGGACAUGAAACCCUCAUUGUAAUUAGCCUUAGAUAGACAUGUAUGUGGAUCAUUUAAACUACCGCAACAACUUGGUCAUGCGCCGGCCUACGGUUGCUGUUUAGAUUUGUUGUACAAUAUAAUUGGAUGCAUUGAGUUUGUUGUAACUAGUUGAUGAGCAAUCCAUGCCUGGCCCUAUCCGGUUAUUGCACAUUGUAAUCUUGGCACAUGUUGUCCACCCUUUGUUAUUAGAGGAUUU